AUGGACUCAGAAAUCAAGGAAGAAAUUCCUGUGCAUGAGGAAUUCAUUUUGUGUGGUGGAGUUGAAACCCAGGUUUUGAAAUGUGGGCCCUGGACUGACCUCUUUAAUGAUCAAAGUGUCAACAGGCCUAAGCUGCUUAUUUUCAUUAUUCCUGGUAACCCAGGUAUAUCUGUCUUCUACGUGCCAUUUUUAAAGGCUUUGUACUCUUUGACAAACAGACGCUUUCCAGUUUGGAUUAUCAGUCAUGCUGGGCAUGCCUUGGCCCCCAAAGACAAGAAGAUUCUUACAACUUUGGCGGAUCCAAAUGCUCAAGAAAUUAAAGAUAUUUAUGGACUGUGUGGUCAAAUAGAACACAAACUGGCUUUCCUGAGAACUCAUGUGCCAAAGGAAAUGAAGCUUGUGCUCAUCGGCCAUUCAAUAGGUUGCUAUAUUUCUCUUCAAAUGUUGAAGCGUACCCCUGAGCUCCCAGUAAUUCGCUCCUUUCUGCUCUUUCCAACAAUUGAGCGAAUGUCUGAGUCACCUAAUGGCAGGAUUGCCACUCCACUUUUGUGCUGGUUUCGAUAUGCUGUCUAUGCUAUUAGCUACUUGUUAUUUAAACCAUGUCCUGAGAAAAUCAAGUCCUUGUUCAUCAGAAUGGGCCUUCAAGCAAUGAACCUAGAGUGUGAAUUUUCACUGAUGAAUGUAUUCGAACCUUUCUGCCAGGCAAAUGCUGUUUACCUUGGGGGCCAAGAAAUGAUGGAGGUGGUGAAGAGAGAUGAUGAAACCAUAAAGGAACAUUUGUCUAAGCUUACAUUUUACUAUGGUUCCAAAGAUAAUUGGUGUCCAAAAGAGUACUAUGAAGACAUCAAGAAAGAUUUUCCAGAAGGAGAUAUUCGACUCUGUGAGAAAAAUAUACCUCAUGGUUUUAUCCUCCAUUUUCACCAGGAAAUGGCUGAAAUUGUAGCUGACCGGCUGAAGGAUGAUCUCUCCAAAAUAUAAAUACUGACACAAGGAAACGGGCACCUACAGCCAGUACAUGGAGGCAGUGGGUGCACUAUGCUUACUAUGUAAAUGUUUCAUUUUGAUGCUUGAUAUUAGAAAAGAAAAAAGUGAGAACCUCUUGACUGAAAAACUACCAGCUCCCAGCUCCCCAUGCUACAGGAUGAAGUAAACAUAGUUGAUCAUUCCAUAGGUUUAACAACACAUUUUCCAAGACUCAGGGAACACAGUGAUCUAAACAAGAUGUCAUGUUUACACAAGAUACCCACUAGCACCAUAUG